AUGAGUGCGGAGACGGGGGAGACGGGGGAGACGGGAGGGAGGCGGCGCCCUUUAGGGAGCAGCCGGAGACCCGGUGAGGCGCUGGGAGUCAAAGAGGCUCGACCCCACGACACUAACCCGAGGGUCUUGCAGAAGCUCGGGAAAGCAGACGAGACCCGAGAUGCCGCCUUUGAGGAGAUGGUGGCCAACUUCAACAAGCAGAUGACAGAAGGCACCAAACUGCAGAAAGACCUGAAAGCCUACCUGGCAGCGGUGAAAACGAUGCACGAUGCGUCUCGGCGGCUUCAGGACUGUCUGGCUGACAUGUACGAACCUGAGUGGUUUGGCAAAGAGGAGAUGGACUCGCUGACAGAGGACACAGACACUGUGUGGUUAGACUACCACCAGAACAUCACAGACAAAUCCCUGACCACUCUGGACUCGUACCUGGCCCAGUUUCCUGAUAUCAAGGCUCGUAUAGCGAAGCGCGACAGGAAGAUGGUGGACUUCGACAGCGCCCGACAUCACUUCAGCUCCUUACAGAAAGGAAAGAAGAAGGACGAGGCCAAGAUCGCGAAG